CUCCCCUCGCUGCCGGGGGAACGUGGCAUGCAAAUACAGUCUGUGCAGGUAUCAGGUGUCCUGGCUCGGCUCGACGAGGAGCGAGUCCCGUUGAGUUGACACUGCGCUGCAGUUUUCUGCUGCCGUCGCUGCCACCAUUGCAGCUUAUCUCAGCACUGUAGAGGAGAGAGGGAGAGAGGGAGAGGGACCGGAGGCGGGGGGUGUUAGCCAUGCUGAAGGGGGGGUUGACUUUGGCCGCCGUGUCCAGCGAGCAGCAGCAGCAGCGUCCAGAGUAAACAAGCCGUCCGGUCCGGCGCCAGCCAGCGGCCAGGCCCCCCGGAAAAUGCCCACGGCGGACGCUGCGGGCACGACGCGCUUCGACAUGCAGCUGCUGGGCAAGCUGACGCUGUCCGUGGCCACUGUAUUAUUCAUCUCGUGGGCGUACCGCUUCUACAGCGCCAGAGGUCGCCGCCGGGGUCAAGUUCAGCAGAAGGGACUGGCGGCCAGCACAUCAGCGCCAACACCACCAACACCACCAUCACCGCCGCCGUCUCCGUCGUCACGCUCACCGUCUAGUCAGCAUGCCUCGGGGUCGCCACCGAAGAGGUGCAGCAGCUGUAAGAUGGAGCUUCGCCCCCGCGGUAAAGUGAUACCAGAGGCCUCCGCCGCCGCCGCUGCCGCAGGAAGCAUCAGUCCGCGGAGCCGGCAGGUGUCAAAAAUAUAUGUGUGCUCAGCGGCCACACCUGACAGGGGUGACGCACGCGUCAACAACGGGGGGCAACGCCCCGGCAACCGGGUCCCGUACUUAGCCCCGGCUGAUCUCAUCAUCACAACAACAGCAGCCGUGUCAGAGAAGACAAGUGCGAGCUCCAGAAUAACAGAGGAGCGCAGCUCAGCUAUGAGCGACUUGGAAAGGCAAGCGGUGGCUAACAAGCUGGCCAGUGCACUGACCUCUCCAUCUGUGGGCAGGGCCGGCACAGCCAGCCCCGUCGGGCGCCGGUCCCCGUGCCCGGUCAGUCCAACUGGACCUCUGUCCCCGGGCCUGGACAGUCCGACCGGCCGUCUGUCCCCCUGCAUGAGCAGCCCCACCGGGCGGCAGUCCCCGGCCAGCCUGCUGAGGAAGGUGGACGGCGCGGUGGAAGUGGGCCGGGAGCUCUUCCAGGACCUGAACCACCAGGGCAACUUCUCCAGCUUCCAGUCCAAGGCCGAGGUCAAGGUGGAGGAGGGGGACCUCGUGUUCGAGCGCCCGGCGGAAAGCGGAGGCAAGGAGGUGCGCGGAAAGAUCUACGAUUAUUACGUGGAGUCCUCGUCUCAUUCCGUCUCGGAUGUAAACCCUUCCGGUAGUCCGACGAGCGUCAGUUAUCAUAGCUCACACCCGAUAAAGCUCGUGACUCUACAUAGCACCAGCACCAACAGCAGUGACCGCCCUCAGACCCCGAGAGCCACCAGCCCGCCUCUGAUCAUGCGCGACGCAGUGUUCAGCCGAGGCUCGUCCACGGACGACAACCUGUCACCCACCAGCCCCAGCUCGUCUCCCCACGACGAGCAUCCCAAGAGGGGUCUGCUCCGCCAGGACAGCUACCUGAUAGCCGCCGCGAACUUUGAACCCCAUUGCGUGACGGGCAACGGCUCCGGUCCUCUUCUACGCAGCCGUUCUCCAGCUCCGCUCUCCUCCUCCGAGGCGCCCGUCGUCCCGAAGACGCCCGACAAAGCCGACGAGCCGAGCUUGGAGACGGUCGCCGGGGCCAAAUUCGUACACGUCCCCACGGAGAGCCUGUCCAGCAGCUCCGACUGGGAGAGCCUGACGGGGAAGCUGGAUCUGGGCAACUGCCUGGAGGCCCUGGAGCUGGCCAAGAAGCACGGCCACGGCGCCCUGCGGCAGGCCGCUCUCCGAGUCAUGUCCGACAACUACCUCCAGGUCCUCCGGGACCCGGGCCUGUACGGCAGGCUGCGCGCCGGCGAGCGGGAACAGAUCCAGCGGCUGCGGACGAGAGGCCGACAGUGCCUGAUGGUGGCCGACAUGGAGUCGCUCGACUGGUCCAGGCGCUCCUCGCCGCCCACAAAGGACACGAAGGACGCGGGUCCCCGCACGUCCGGCGGACUCUAUUAUUACGACGACUACAAAGACACCUGGCACCGGCAGUGCGACGUGCCGCCAGAGGUGGCGUCGGUGGGCUCGGCCAUGUGCACCAUGGACAACUAUCUGUUCGUGGCCGUGGGCUGCCAGGGCUCGGAGCGCGCCAGGGCGCCGUCCAGGAGGGUGUUCUGCUUCAACCCGGUCACGUCCAUCUGGCGGGAGAUCUGCCCCAUGAACGAGGCGCGGCCGCACUGCAAGCUGGUCGCGCUGCAGGGCCACCUGUACGCCGUGGGCGGCGAGUGCCUGUCCACCGUGGAGCGCUACGACCCGCGCGCCGACCGCUGGGCCUUCGUGGCGCCGCUGCCCGACGACACCUUCGCCGUGGCGCACCGCGCCACCGCCUGCAACGGCGAGCUGUUCGUGUCGGGCGGCACGCUGCGCUACACGCUGCUGCGCUACAGCCCCAAGACCGACGCCUGGCGCCGGAGCCUGAUCGUGGGCACCAGGGAGCGCACCACCGAGAUGCUGGCGGUGCGGAGCUUCCUGUACCGCUUCGACGUCAACCCGCUGUUCGGCAUCAACAUCUACCGCUACCACACGGCGGCGCGGCUCUGGUACGAGUGCUGCGCCAAGCCGCUGCCGCACUGUCCCGCCUUCCAGUGCGUGGCGGUGGGCGACGUCAUCUACUGCGUGAGCCGGCAGUUCACCAUGCGCUUCCUGGCCGACGAGGUGUCGCCGGGCUUCGUGGCGGAGGACCUGCGCGUCCUCGCGGCGGCCAAGGGCAUCUUGUUCCCCUUCGUCCUGGCCCUGCCUGAUAAGAGCGCCGUUCAGACCAGCGUGUGAUUCACCGCAAAGGGUCGGCCGCAAACCGCCAGGCGCGCACGCCGGGGACCCGAGCCACCUGGAAAUGUGCUUUUGUUUGUGUGCAGAGCCAAGCGAAUGCAAUUCAGUCGGGUUAGGGAUGAAAAAGGACCAGUGCCGAAGGUAAUUAUGGCGCAACAUUGUCAGAUUCUUGCUGUACACUGCGCCAGGAGAAAAUUGAGUGUGUUUCAGCGCGAGCUAUUUGUUUUUGGGAAUUUCUAUUCACACAAGCGAUUUAUGGCAGCCACUAAAUCUUCCUAAUAUUGGGUUCCUCUUGCAGUGCUAACUCACGGAUAGUAUGGAGCUCUAAUGCAAAUAUAACAAUUAAUCAGAUGGCUAGGCAAAAUAUAUGGUGCAAAGAUAAACACAGGGCUGUAAAGAUGCCAUAGCAUCAGGGGUUAUUAGCACAGUUAUCCAUUUAAUCUCGCAAAUGCCCUCUAAAAUGUUUCCCAUUUAAAUUGUUUUCAUAGCGUAGACUAUAUUUAUGUAGACUAUAUUUUUUUUUGCUAAAAGCAAAAUUGAAAUGUGAGAUGUGAAAAUAUAUAUCCACAUCUGUUCAAAUAUAUCCAAACGUUAUUACAUUACUAGCAGGCAAAUCCUGAGAUUUGUGAUUCAACCUCUGAUCCGCUUUCUGACUUAAAAACCACUGAGACGCUAACUUGUUUCUGCUGUAUAGGUGGCAGUGCUAAGUAAAUGACUGUCCUCUACAGCAACCUUUAUGCUAAUCAUUCAUGACAUGUCCAUGACUCUUCAGCCACUGUUUACUAUCAAUGUCUUUCAAGUUACCAUCCGCUGUAUACUUCACUUUACAUCUCAGCUGUUUCUCCCUCUAUGGGCAAUCAUACACAAAAGCCCUGUAUGGAAAACUAAGAUACCACAUGCUGUAAUUUGAUUACCUGAGAGUGAAGUAGAGGAAUGAAUGUUAGACAUUGCCGGGACACUUCAUCAGUCACUUGUAUAUUUUGCUGUGUCUAUAUGCUAUCCAUUUGGAUGACGAUGAUUAUUUAUUUAUUUGUUUUCUAGUUUAAAUUACAUACCCCACAAAAGAGACAACUGAGAAAUAUGUGUAUAUGAACCAGAAAAUGACUAUCCAUUUAUAAUCAGAUUUGUCUGAAUUUAGUUCUCUGUUUAUUGACUAUGCUGUUUAUUAUUUCAUUGUUUUGAUGAAUAUCUGACCUUUAAACAUGUUUGGCGCAACACGGAAAGGACAAACAAUCCAGGAAACGGCUAAAGUAAGCUCCUGGCAGGUCUAUGGAUAUCACCUGCCUCUGACGUCCACUCAAGAGAGACAUGUCACUAUAGUGCCCUCAUGUGGCUGAAGAUGGAUUAUCGUGUUGGUGAGAGAACUGUUGGUGCAGUUUACUAGUACAACAGGAAGAGAGAGAGAUAGAGAGAGAGAGAGAGAGAGAGAGAAGUGGGAAGGAAAAGAAAGUGAAAUAUAAAGAUUGUCAAUGUAGAUGAGUGGAUUUGAGCAAAAUAAGACUUAAAGAAGGCGGAAAAGAGAGAGGAAGAGAGACCGAAAGAGGGAGAGGAAGUGAGAAAGAGAGAGGGAGAGAGAGAGAGAGAGAGAGAGAGAAAGACUAAUUACACUGUUUGAAUUGUAUAAUGACCAGCAGGGAGGAACCCAUGCAGCGAUCCUCACCAGUGAUGCCAAACAGUGGGUGAAGCCUGCCACAGAUGGCUGACCAUCAAACUCCAGAGUCUUUGAUUCUUCCUAAUUAAACACUUUCAUUCCCUGUAAUUAAACACCUAAUGGAACGGGAGCGAGACGGUUUCCCUCAGAUUAGCUACCCCAAAAUGACUCAUGGUUUGCGAUAGGCAUCAGAGCUGCUGUCCAAUAGACAUGCCUCUGUCUCAGGGGGCGCCAUUGUGUGAUCAUAGAUGUGCUUAUGAAACCCUAGCUGGGGGAAAUAAAUGCUGCGAGUUAUUGCACAAUAAAUAUGUAUAUUCUAUCCGAA